UAACAUAAAGAUAAAAGAUAUUUCUUCGAUAUUUUGUCGAGAAGACUAAGGUGAAUAAUAGAUUUUGACAAGGAGAAAAAAAGCAAGGUAGGUAUGACCACCAUAGCUGUUAUUUUCGCUUAACGAAACGCCGGCACAUGGUAACUAUCCCCGCUCUGACAAGAUGAUGCCAGACUGCAUGCACGUGCUGCUGCUACUGCUGCAUAGCGUUAAGCAUGCACGUGCUGCAGUCUCAAGCCGAGGGCAGCGGCGCUUUCGCAGGCCCGGAACUUGCAGACGUCAGACAGAUACUAGUCGUGCACCCUGGUAAUUCCUUCUCGGCAUACACAGCACGUGUCCCCCAGGACUGACUCGCUCCCGUCUGCUGUUUCUGUAUACUCGCGAUGAGAUGAUUAUAAUUACUGUUGAAACGCUUCCUGGUCCCCCUCCCCCUCCCCCUCCCGCCGGUUCCCACAGCUCAUUAACUUUGUUUUUAAAAGUCCGUCACCAUGGGGAUGAUUUGCUUACAUGAUAUGUGUGUGGAGCCUGCGCAUAGCUCGGAAUGUUUAUGUUAUGCGUACGCACCUUAGUGAUGCAAUUGGUUUAAAGUGCUUUCCUCUUUCUAACGUUGAAGUUAAUUUAAGAAAAGUCAUUUAGACAAGGCAGACAGGCAAGUACACAGAGAAAGGAGAAUAUAACUAUGCUGCCGGUGUUUAAGUGUAUUUUAUCUCAACAAGCUUUCGAGCUCUGUGGGAUAAAGUAUUCUUAGACUCUGGCACAAACAACAAGGGCCGAUGCACGCAAACAAAUUAUCUCAUGGGCAUAACAUAACUCUGCAAAUAGUGGCGACGAUUGCUCUUCCCCAGGUGUGAAAGAAGCUAUUUCCGGUUUGGCCCAUACAGUGGUUUGAAAUUAGCACGAUUUCGAACCAUAACAACCAAAUAAGAUCGAAAGAAGGACAACUUUUGUCCAUUACAAAACAUGGUGUCCGGGAGAUUGUUAGUCUGUAACAAAUAAAACGUUGUCAAGAGUCAUUAACCUGUCUUGUAGCAAAUAUAAAGAAUGUGCUUUCAAAGCUACCUGGAAUUUGACAUACCUACACAUGAGGAAAAUAACAUAAGAAUUGAAGGGUGUGUCUUCUAAUGCUUAUGAAUGUCUGAGAGAGAUAGAUGGAUGAUACUGGCUGCACCAACCUCACAGCACGUGUUUCCUUCAUGUCAAAACGCCGCUCCAUCAUUCAGCGGGGUUAGUUAAUUCAGGCAACUAUUCGCCUUCCUCUAUGUGGCAGACUCUUGUUACCUGCAACACUUGUGUACUAUCUUUAAAUGCCUCUUUCUGGCUGUUGCAGUACCUGCUGCCAGAGGUCUUGCAACUGUGCAGCUGUACUCUAGCUCUGAGCUUAAGAGAGCUACCCACAGGAAGUGACAUAAUAUCACACAAUGUAGAACAUCACAAUACUGCAUUGUCUAAUUCUGUGAUUUUACCUUUGCUAUGCUUAGAACCUCUGAAUACUCUAUUAUACACAAACUAAAUCAAACAGCUAAACUAAACUGAAAGGAAACAAGAAACUCGAGAAAUAAAAAUGGCACUGCCGUAUCGAAGUUCUUCGAUGCGAAGCAGGCAAGUUUAUGAGUCAGAACAUUCGGAAGUUAAGGUCACGCUGAGGCCCAGGAGCAGCGACAAGAGUCAAAGGUCGUCCUCGUGUUCAGCCUCCACCACAGAGCCCCGUAGCAGUGUCGUCAUGUCGAAUGUCAAGGUAGCCUCUCCAGCAAGCAGUGACAAGAUCCUGAUGCAAGAGACGGUAAACGGUACUCAUUUCAAUCGCAGCUCAGGCAGAGAGCGCACGCGAACAGCACCAAGCAGCAUCAGCAGAUCAACUGAGUGCCAGCAGGCGAAAAGCUCUGCAGCAGACUACAAAGAGGAGAAGAAAGACAGCAGUCAGGUGCAGAUCGGUGAACAUGAUCUCGAACGUGCACGUGACAGAACAGGAGAAGAAAGUAAAGGCAGCUCGUGCAUGCGUUCUCCAACGGCGCCGGGACCAUCGUCCAUUACUCGUCGGAGACGCUCGGCCACUUCCGGGGAGGACCUCGUGUGCCGCGUCUGCAACGAAAGGUUCAAAAAUCCCCGGAUAUUGCCCUGCCUCCAUACCUUUUGUGCUGGGUGCAUCGCCAGGCUGCAGACGUACCCUUUCAACGUCGAAGACUCUGGAGAAUCACAAGCUUCCAACACAGGCAAGGAAGAAGAAGAAUCUAGAAAACAACGAUUCGCUCAAAGUUCGUCGGAACGACAGUCGCCGAACUCUCCUCUUGGAGACUUCCGAGAGCCAUCCGAGUGCAACCGAGAAUCGCCGGAGGUUGCCGACAAGAAUAGGAAGCAAACUAGCUCCAGCUGUUUUUCCCGGCCUGUACAGCGGGUGGUGCUGUGUCCGGUCUGCCUGAAAGAAACACGCCUGUCAAUCACCUUGGUCGAGCUACCCAGGAACUACGUCGUGGAGCGAAAGGUCGCUGAGGAAGAAAAGGCCUCUGUCGUCGAGGCCGAGGUGACGAGGCUGGAGUGCGAUUCGUGCGCGGAGUGGAAUGAGUCCUGCCCGGUGAGCGCCCGCUGCGUGGACUGCGCAGAAAACUUGUGCGCCUGGUGCGAGCUGUCUCACCGACGUCAGAAGAAGACCAAAGGCCAUCAGUUGAUCGACCUCACUACUACGUCGGUGAAACAGGAAACGGUGCAUUCUCAGGUCCCUCCCCUUAGCCCCGUCGCCGGCACCGCCCGCCCUAGCCGCACGCGUGUACGUGCUGCCGCUGCCAGUGAAGAGGCAACUUCCGAGGACAAACCCCCCACUUCCGGUCAUAUGCCACGUUUUUGUCAGGUCCCGUGCCCACGCCACCCGGACCAAGACCUGGGCGUGUUCUGCCGCACGUGUGGUAUUCCCGGAUGUCGGUCCUGCCUGAUGCUGGAUCAUCGGGAGCACGAGUGCCGGCCCCUUUCCCCGGAGCUCUUCAAGCAGCAGAUGGAGGAGGUGCAGCGCCUGAUCCGGGAUGUGGCACCCCGGGUAGCGGCCGUAGACCAGCAGCUGCAGAAAGUGGCGGAGGCGCAGUUGCACAUCCAAGAGAAGGCCCGGCAGGUGAUAGAAGAAGUCAACGUGUGCAUGGACUCUUACCUGACAGCCGUGAAGGAGCAUCGGCAGCAGCUCGUCAAGCAAGUGGAAUCUAUGGCUGCGGAAAAACAACGGGCACUUGGUGUCACGGAGAGACACCUGAAGCAGGUGCGUGCAGACGUCGAACAAACAUGCACGUUCGUGUCUGACAUGAUAGAGAACGCAACAGACGCAGAGAUACUGUCGGUCAAGAAGCUAAUCACUGACCGGCUCAGGAGCCUGAGACAGAUGACCGAGAUUUGCGCACCGCACCUUCUGGACACGUGGGGAUUGCGCUUUUGCCCGACCGAAAAGGGGCAGGUCAUGCACAGCUUCCAGAUGUUCGGCCUCAUUCUCUGUCGAAUGGCGUCAGCUGCUCAUUCGACCGUGACUGGAGACGGUUUCGCCACUGCCCGAGUGGGACACGAGUCUACCUUGCGUCUGCACAUCAACAGCGAAGAUGGGAGUCAGUACACAGACAGGGACGUGCAGGUUAAAGCAUGGCUUCUCUCCCAGAACCGCUCCGCCAGGAGAACAGCUGUUCACCUGAUAAUUCAAAAAGAUGGCACCUAUGUCUUAAAGUUUACACCCACCUAUGCAGGAAUUCAUUUCCUCCAUGUAGCAGUCAACAAUCAGCCAGUGAAGGACAGCCCUAUCAAGUUCAGCGUGAAGGGGCAGUGGCGUGAGCACAAAGGAACAUGGCACUGCUGUACAGUGUGUUCCACAGGGGGACGAGGGGGAAUGAGCUGCGGCUGUAGAGGGGCAACAGAUGCUUCACGGGGCUGCUUUCACGCUCAACAGUCACACCCUGGCGGCUACCACUGGUCCUGUUGUGGCAAGAUGACACAACAGUCUGAAUGCUCCAAUGCACCAUGCCAGAAUUUUGUCAGACAAGUGACAUUAUAGCGGGAUGAUCUACCAAAAAAAGGAAUGCCACCGCUUUCAGCAUAAUUGUACUGAUUAUUGUAUUCAUAGGAAUUAUCACAAGGAUUAAGCUGGACUUCAUACUUCCAAGUCAGCAACUACAAUAAAGUUUUAUUACAGUA